AAUUGUCUGCAUUUGGCAGAUGCAAAUCACAGUUCACCCCUACCUUCAGCACUUAAAACGGUAUCAGGGAAACAUAAGCCUCAGUGGAAGAAUCUUGAAGUGAAAAAUAAAUAACUGAUCAGUUUAGGGUUAGCGUUCUUGUGUGCAAGGGGGUUAGUGAAGGUCAGGCUAUGGGGCGCACCCACAGCGUCAGCAAAGGAGGAAGAAUUACGGGGCAGAAUGGGCUGAAGAGCCCCAGAGUUUGGGGUCAAGCCAACGGGCUGGGUCUUUGGUAUCCUAGGAUCUCCUCUGCAGACAAUCCUUGGCAGUUUCUCGGUUUGAAUCUCGCCUGUACAUUUCCAGACGAGACAUUCUUACUGAGCGUUCUCACAGCGCCUAGCUCAGAGCUGACCGCAGAGCCGGCUGUCAAUAACAUCUAGAAGCAAAAGCAGCGUUUGAGGUUAGGGGCGGAAGGGCAUCGGUUUUACUUAUUUUAAGGCUGGCGCUCCAAUGCAGCUGGAUCCAACUGCCAGCACAAUGUUCCCGAUCACGUCUCGCUUCCAUUUCAGCCCAGGUGACGUCGGGAAACCCCAUAGGACGCGCUCGGGGCUAAGCGGUUAAGCCGCGUCCUUCAGGUGUCAGUCUCGAUCCGUUCGGAAACCACAACCUCCAGAAUCCCUUGUGCCAGGAGGCCAGGCCGCAAAUAAGAUGGCUCCAGGAGGGUGGAACAUACAGCAGGGGGAAACCUCGUCGUUGGCAGUUUCUUCACGGGAUGUGUUUAAGUUGCCGAGUCCCCACAAACGCGCCACCCCACAAACCUCUUUCGAAGCUGUGGAGGCCACCGCUGCCGCCUUGCCCGCUCUUCCAGCAGCAUGCUGGGAGUUGUAGUUCAGCAGCCGGACUGCGCGGAGCUAUCUUUCCCAGCUUGCCCUGCGGCUCGGACGAUAGCAACAGUUUUUUCCAGAACUCUCUCUGCACUGAGAACCCCUUCCCCCCGUUCCCAUUCUCGCCGUCGACUCCUUCCAAUCUGUGGCAACAGAACAGCGGUUGCAGGAGAGGGCUCGGUCCCUCGCCGCGCCGCCCCGAGGGGCACUUCCGGCGGCGGUUCACUUCCUGGUUGGGUGGAUGGAGCCGGGCGGGAGCGCGCGCGGGGGAGGGGCGGCGGGUCAGUCUCCGCCCGGCGCUCCCGGGAUCAGCUGGCGGGCGGGCGGGCGCCGAGCGCGGCCCCGGCUCUCGCUGCAGCGCCGCCUCCUCUCUGCGUCGCAGGCCGGCCCGGCGGCCGUGACAAUGUCGCGGGGCUGGUAGCUGGGCGCCAGCCGCCGAGCUGUCUCAAGUUUAAACUUACACGAAUCGCUCUCUGGAGGAGGAGGGGACCCGCCGCACGAUUGACACGCAUAUUCCUAUAGGCAUCCUCCCUCAGCCCCCACCCCCACGGCCGGAUUCGGGUGGCUCCUCUCCGAGCUGAAAUCCGAGAAGAAAUCCUUGGAUCUCUUUUCUUAAAAAAAAAAAAAAAAAAAAAUCUAGAAACCAUCGGUAUUUUGCUUUGCUGCUUCCUAUUCGCGAGAUGAAGAAGUUUUUCGACUCCCGGCGAGAGCAGGGCGGCUCUGGCCUGGGCUCCGGCUCCAGCGGAGGAGGGGGCAGCACCUCGGGCCUGGGCAGUGGCUACAUCGGAAGAGUCUUUGGCAUCGGGCGACAGCAGGUCACAGUGGACGAGGUGUUGGCGGAAGGUGGAUUUGCUAUUGUAUUUCUGGUGAGGACAAGCAAUGGGAUGAAAUGUGCCUUGAAACGCAUGUUUGUCAACAAUGAGCAUGAUCUCCAGGUGUGCAAGAGAGAGAUCCAGAUAAUGAGGGACCUGUCAGGGCACAAGAAUAUUGUGGGUUACAUUGAUUCUAGUAUCAACAAUGUGAGUAGCGGUGAUGUAUGGGAAGUGCUCAUUCUGAUGGACUUCUGUAGAGGUGGCCAGGUGGUAAACCUGAUGAACCAGCGCCUGCAAACAGGCUUUACGGAGAAUGAAGUGCUCCAGAUAUUUUGUGAUACCUGUGAAGCUGUUGCCCGCCUGCAUCAGUGCAAAACCCCUAUUAUCCACCGGGACCUGAAGGUUGAAAAUAUCCUCUUGCAUGACCGAGGCCACUAUGUCCUGUGUGACUUCGGAAGUGCCACCAACAAAUUCCAGAAUCCACAAACUGAGGGAGUCAAUGCAGUAGAAGAUGAGAUUAAGAAAUACACAACACUGUCCUAUCGAGCACCAGAAAUGGUCAACCUGUACAGUGGCAAAAUCAUCACUACGAAGGCAGACAUUUGGGCUCUUGGAUGUUUGUUGUAUAAAUUAUGCUACUUCACUUUGCCGUUUGGGGAGAGUCAGGUGGCAAUUUGUGAUGGAAGCUUCACAAUUCCUGAUAAUUCUCGAUAUUCUCAAGACAUGCACUGCCUAAUUAGGUAUAUGUUGGAACCAGACCCUGACAAAAGGCCGGAUAUUUACCAGGUGUCCUACUUCUCGUUUAAGCUACUCAAGAAAGAGUGCCCAAUUCCAAACGUACAGAACUCUCCCAUUCCUGCAAAGCUUCCUGAACCAGUGAAAGCCAGUGAGGCAGCUGCAAAAAAGACCCAGCCAAAGGCCAGACUGACAGAUCCCAUUCCCACCACAGAGACUUCAAUUGCACCCCGCCAGAGGCCUAAAGCUGGGCAGACUCAGCCGAACCCAGGAAUCCUUCCCAUCCAGCCGGCCCUGACACCCCGGAAGAGGGCCACUGUUCAGCCCCCACCUCAGGCUGCAGGAUCCAGCAAUCAGCCUGGCCUUUUAGCCAGUGUUCCCCAACCAAAACCCCAAGCUCCACCCAGCCAGCCUCUGCCACAAUCUCAGGCCAAGCAGCCACAGGCUCCUCCCACUCCACAGCAGACGCCUUCCACUCAGGCCCAGGGUCUGCCCACUCAGGCCCAGGCCACACCCCAGCACCAGCAGCAACUCUUCCUCAAGCAGCAACAGCAGCAGCAACAGCCACCGCCACCACAGCAGCAGCCGGCGGGCACAUUUUACCAGCAGCAGCAGCAGCCCCAGACUCAGCAGUUUCAGGCAGUACAUCCAGCAACCCAGCAACCAGCAAUUGCUCAGUUCCCUGUUGUGUCCCAAGGAGGCUCUCAACAGCAGCUAAUGCAGAAUUUCUACCAGCAGCAGCAGCAGCAGCAGCAACAACAACAGCAGCAACAGCAGCAGCAGCUGGCCACAGCCCUGCAUCAACAACAGCUGAUGACUCAGCAAGCUGCCUUGCAGCAAAAGACCACUGUGGCAGCAGGACAGCAGCCUCAAGCACAGCCAGCUGCAGCCCCACAGCCAGCCCCCGCCCAGGAGCCAGCGCAGAUUCAAGCCCCAGUAAGACAACAGCCAAAGGUUCAGACAACCCCACCCCCUGCCGUCCAGGGGCAGAAAGCUGGAUCUCUCACUCCUCCCUCAUCCCCCAAAACCCAACGUGCUGGGCACAGGCGUAUUCUCAGUGACGUAACCCACAGCGCAGUCUUUGGGGUCCCUGCCAGCAAAUCAACCCAGCUGCUCCAGGCAGCUGCAGCUGAGGCCAGUCUCAAUAAGUCCAAGUCUGCAACCACCACUCCAUCAGGCUCUCCUCGGACCUCUCAGCAAAAUGUUUAUAAUCCCUCAGAAGGGUCUACGUGGAAUCCCUUCGAUGAUGACAAUUUCUCCAAACUCACAGCUGAAGAACUACUCAACAAGGACUUUGCCAAGCUGGGGGAAGGCAAGCAUCCCGAGAAGCUUGGAGGCUCAGCUGAGAGUUUGAUCCCAGGCUUUCAAUCAACCCAAGGUGAUGCUUUUGCUACGACCUCAUUUUCUGCUGGAACUGCUGAAAAAAGGAAGGGUGGGCAGACUGUGGACUCUGGCCUCCCGCUUCUAAGCGUGUCUGAUCCUUUCAUUCCUCUUCAAGUACCUGAUGCACCAGGUCUCCAGAGAGAGUCCAGUCCCUGUCCUGUAAUAACUGUAGAGCACUUUAAAGAAUCACUGGGUGUUAAAGGCCUUUCCCUGUAUCAAGACCCCUCCAGAGUACCUGGCACAAAGACUCAGAACAACUUAGAAUCUGACUACUUGGCCAGAGAUGGCCCUUCAAGCAACAGCUCAUUCCACAGCAGCGAAGAGGAAGGGACUGACCUUGAAGGAGACAUGCUGGACUGCAGUGGGUCUCGGCCUCUCCUUAUGGAGUCUGAAGAAGAAGAUGAGAGUUGCAGACCCCCCCAGGGGAAGCUGGGAGGAGCCAUUCCAUUCGCUCCACCAGAAGUCUCUACUGAGCAAGCAAAGACAGUGCAAGGUGGAAGAAAGAACCAAUUCCCAGCCCUCACACAGCCUACCACCGAUGGGCUCAGUGAGCCAGAUGUUUUUGCCAUUGCUCCUUUCAGGAGCUCAAGGGUUCCAAAUGACGACAUGGACAUUUUCUCCAAAGCCCCAUUUGUCUCCAAGAGCAGUGUGGCUCCUUCCCAGCCAGAGGAGUCAGACGUGUUUUUGAGAGCUCCCUUCACUAAGAAAAAAAGUGUGGAGGAGUUAACAGUUAUCCAGAGCACCUCUCAGGAGCUGCCUGCACAGGCUGGUCUCCUCAGUCAGACAGGUGACAUCCCCUUGCCCUCGGGCCGUGAGAGAGCUGUAUACACCUCUGUCCAAGCUCAGUAUUCCACAGCUGGUUUUGUGCAACAAUCUAACCUCCUCUCCCAUUCUGUACAAGCAGCAGACCAUCUGGACAGCGUCUCUCCCAGGGGAUCCUGCCUGGAAUCGGGGAGUCAUCCUAAUGACAGAAACAAAGGACCUCAGCCCCAGAAAGAAGCUGUCUCAGGCCCUGUGGCUGGCAAACCAUUCCGCCCCCAGUCCUUAUCCAAGUAUUCCCGUCACUAUAGCCCAGAAGAUGAGCCAAGUCCAGAAGCCCAGCCCAUUGCUGCCUACAAAAUUGUUUCACAAACCAACAAGCAGUCAAUAGCUGGGUCUGUUUCCAUCUCAUCCCUUUCUUCCAGGACUACGGAGCUGCCAGCUGCUGAUCCAUUUGCUUUAGCACCCUUCCCUUCAAAAUCAGGCAAGAAACCCUAGGAGCAAAACCUGAGCCUCAGGCCUCUGUCUCUACCCGACCCUCAAUACCCACCACGGCACUCCCAGCUGAGCCUUCCCAAGGAAAAAUAUUAUCAGUUCUUAUCUUUCAGUUCCCUGCGUCAGAGCAGAAUUUCUUGAGUCAACAAACUCAGUUGCAGUGAUACUGAGUUGAAGCCUCUUUAAGUUAUAUUCACUUUUUUGUUUGUUUGUUUGUUUAUAUUGAUUUCUGGACUUUGAGGCAUUUUCAUCUCCUUCACAGAGGUCGUCCACUUCCACCAAGAACUCUGCUUUUUUUUUUUCCCCCAGAAACUGUUUAAAUCCAGAAAUACUUCACCCCAAUCCCAAAGGGGCCUUAUUGUUGCUAGUUUUAAUUCCCGUAGCUCCUGUUCUAAGUCAUGCCCAUCGAAUAAUCAAGAUUCGUCCCUCCACCAAAUUAAGAUUUAGUGCUCUUGAAAAGGGGAGAUGUCUGAUAAAAAGCCUGCACAUCAACAGGAAGUAUAAUCCUGCACGAACUAAUCAUUCCUGUAGAAGCAGCAGCUCUAGGAGUCUCUGGAUCUGUUUCUCAGUCUGUGUGCGAGCCAGGCUGGCCCUCGUGCAUGAGUGUCUGUGGGUGUGGAAUGUACGUCAGAGCCUAUGUAGAGAUACAGGCAGAUGGGAUAACUGCCUGUGUCUAGUCAUGUUGGCAAGGCUUUCCCCACAUCCAUGCUUUUGAAAUUAGUAUGAGUGUACAGGUUUGUGUGUGCAUGAAUGCGUGCGUGUGCACGGAAGCAUUUCUCUUUAGUAAAGCCUGCCCCAUCGUGCCUUCCUCCACAAUCAGAUCAUUCAUUUUUUGGUGUUUGCUCACCUAACUGACUUGAACGCUGUUUUAUUUAGUUUUUUUCUUGUGGCAAAAUUGAAUACAUUGGAAAGUGUAGGGAAAUCCUGCUAGAACUGAUGUUUCAGAGUAAAUUUUUUUUCUCUCCAGAAUUUCCUGUUUGCUAUUAACAAAUUAUAUUUACUGGGUUAUAAAAAGUUAAUUUUCCUUAUACAUUCUCUCCUCACAGCAAUAGAAAAGCAUACCUUGUUACAGUUCCAGCCUCUGAGUAUGUGGACUAAAUGCCAUCAUUAGGAAAUUGGUUCAUCAUCAGACUAGGCUACAAACUAGGCUUGCUUGUUUUGGGGUUGGUUUUGUUGUUGUUGUUGUUGUUGUUGUUGUUGUUGUUUUACCCAAAUUCUUGCCAUCUUUCUCUACUGCCCUUUGAGGAAAUGUAAAUCUGAGACGUGGAAAUAAGUGUUUGGGAAGUGGAAAAGAGGUGAAUCAGGUAGGCAUGAAAACUUUCACAUUCUCUACCCUCUUUAGACGUUGAAAUAGGUCAGACAGGUUAACUGUUUUUUAAAAUGUCUUUUAUUUCUGGAAAGAUCUGACUUAUUCCUAGCUUUUUUCAUCUCUUUAUUAUUAGUGCCUUAAAAUAAAGCUGGCCAGGUGCGAUGGCUUAUGCCUGUUAUCCCAACAUUUUGGAAGGGUGAGGUGGGAGGAAAACUUGAGCCCAAGAAGUUCAAGACCAACCCUGGCAACACAGUGAGACCCUGAACCU